UGCGGGACAGGGAAAGAAUGUAUUUUAUUUAGUUCUCUACAUCUAUUCCCUUAACAGAUUUAAAUGGCUCCUCUUGAGAUUAUAGGUUCCGGAUGGAGUCGAACAGGUACCGCAGCUAUGCGUGAAGCAUUGAUAGACCUGGGGUAAGUCCAUUGUAUGACAAUUUGAUAAAUAACGUUCAGCCCACAUUGACGCAAUUUAAUAUCAGAUACGACGUCCAUCACAUGAUUGUCAUCAUGACAAACCCGAAAAAUGAUGCGACUCUGUUUGAGAGAGCCUAUGACGGUGAAGUUGUGGAUUGGGACGUAGCAUAUAAGAACUUCAAUGCUGCUGUAGACUACCCUACUUGCGGCUUCUAUAAAGAGUUGAUGCAGAAGUACCCUGAUGCCAAAGUCGUCCAUACCACCCGGGACCCGGAAAAAUGGUAUGAGAGUGCCAAAAAAACCAUUUACACCUUUGAGAAAGAGAAACCACCAGCCGAUGCUCCUGAUCAUGUCAAGGUAGCUUCAAAAAUGAUCAGUAAGAAUGUCUGGUAUGGAGAUUUCCAAGGAAAAUUUGAGGAUAAAGAGGCUAUUAUAAAACUAUUCAACGAGCAUGAAGAAGAGGUCAGACGAACUGUUCCUGCCGAUCGACUGCUUAUUUUUGAAACUGGAGUAGACGGAUGGGAGAAGCUUUGUCCAUUUCUCGGGAAAGACAUACCAAACAAACCCUGGCCACAUAUCAAUACUGCCAAAGAGUUUCUGGAGGCUAAAGACAGCAUAACCGCAGGAAAAGACCUCCCCAAUCAGUACACUAUACAAACCAGCACUGAAAAUUAGAGAAAGAAGGAAUAUUUAACGACAUCUUGAAGCUGUUGGAAAUUAUUUCAC